AUGAACGUGGUGGGGAACUACCAGGGCCACCCGCACCCGCACCAUCACCCGCACAGCGCUUUGCUGCACGAGCCGUUUCUCUUCGGGCCGCCCCCACCGCCGCCCCCUGCGCGAUCGUCGGCCGAGCUGUCUCCGCCGCCUCAGCCGCCUCAGCCGCCGCCUCCAGAGCUGGUUUGUGCUGCGGCCGGGCUGGCUUCCUCGGCUUCGCCCUCUUCGUCCUACGGCAGCAGCCCCUCGGAGCUGGGCGGGCGUCUGGCGGGGCGGCGGAGGGCCGGGCCCGCGCCUGGAGCCCCGCGCAAGGAGCGGCGUCGCACCGAGAGCCUGAACAGCGCCUUCGCAGAGCUCCGCGAGUGCAUCCCCAACGUGCCGGCCGACACGAAGCUCUCCAAGAUCAAGACGCUGCGCUUGGCUACCAGCUACAUCGCUUACCUCAUGGAGGUGCUCGCCAAGGACGGGCCGGCCGCCGAGGGCUUCAAGGCCGAGCUCAAGAAAGCCGAGCCCCGCGACGCCAAGAGGAAGCGCGAACAGCCGCAGCCCGUGGGUUAUUCUCAUGCUUUAGGUCAAGGCGAAAAAAGGCUUAAGGGCAGGACUGGGUGGCCUCAGCAGGUCUGGGCACUGGAACUGAAUCAAUGAUCCUCCGGAAUUCCUGUUUGCGACGAA